CCACAUUAUAUCAGUUUUGUUAAUAAAAACAAUUUUUGCGGCUUCCUAUUCACAAUUUCGCCGAAUAAAAUGGAAACAAUAUUGAACACGCAGUUCGAUCAGCUGCAAAAGGCCAUAGAGGGAAUUAAGGAGGCGAAGAGCAAGGGACAAUCCACGGAUGAGGCUCGCAUUGCCACCACAUUGAUGUUCGUGGCACUGAAGCACGCCAACCGCGAGGUGAAGCACAAGAUCAAGGCGGGGCGCGACAAGCUACACCUGGAGAAGUGCAAGGUGGACCUCAGCCGGCUGCAGCUGCAGAAUCUCCUGUACGAAGUGAGCCACUUGAAGAAGGAGAUUGUGCGCUGCCAGAAGUUCAAGAGCAGGGACACCAGCUUGGAGCUGCUCUCGGACGCCGAGUACUCCAGCGAGCUGCCAGACAUGGCCAAGGACGAGGAGGAGUUGUCCAGCCACAAGCAGCACCUUCAUCGCCUCGACUGCGAGCUGCGUCUGCGAAAGGCACUCGACAAGCAGUACAGCGCCCUGCUGAGCUCCAAGCAGGAACUGCUCCAGGACAAUCUCAGCCACGCCCAGCGGUAUGUCUCGUUCGCACCCGCCUUGCGCACUCUGCAGAGCGCCACAAAGCCGCUGCACGAUGCACUCCAGCUCUCCCUAGACGUGGAAUGGAAGCUAAGCGCAGUGGUCAAGUACCUGCCCAAGCCGCUCUACGUUUUCUUCAUUGUCCUGCAAUCGCUGCAGCGGGUCAGCGACGAGCAGUCCUUCACCGCCGAGGUGGUUGGCUAUGAGAGCGAGGCCCAAAUGCAAGAGCUGCUUAAGGAGAAGAAGUGCUCCACAUUGAACUACAGACAGGAAAGUGGAGAGCGGGAUAAGAUUGCGGAAAAAACCAACUUGGACGAGGCACUCGCUCCUCAUCCACUACACAUUUGCUUGACGAUUGGAGCCGCUGGAUCGAAUCAGCUCGUUUUGCAGAUUCGCUACUUCGACUUGAUCAAGUGUGCCACUGUCUGGGGCCAACUUAACUGCUCCGGGAAUUCCAACGGCCAGGCUGACGCAAACUUCGUUCACCACCUCUUGCGGCAUUUGUACCCCAAUGACUUGGGCAAUGAAUUACCCAUUCCGGGAAUCCAAUACGAGCUACGAAGCUCGGAUUUAACAGCCGAGGAAUGUGUGCGCUACCUCAAGGCCAAGGACUACGGAAAACCCUUCUGUUGGCUGCAAAGCAUGUGCUCGAUUGCAACCGUCAACAGUUCGAUGCUGUACAACCACGAACUGAACUUGAACAAGAACACCAAGGAGAUUAUUAACCGCAUUGCCAGGCGCUUGAACUCUUGGCAGCGCUUAAGCCAGCAGAUUCGCGGGCUGACCUUCAAGGAUAUCGAUUUGUAUAGCUUGAAGGAGAACAUCUAUCCAGCCGGCCUGUCGUGCAGCCUCGUCCAAUGGACUGCCAUCACACACGAGGAGCUUCACUCGCAAAUUUCAGACGCACUGAAUACUUCGACAGCGGACAAGGGUAUUACGUACAACUCUUACCGCGCUGUCAUCGUCCGGGGAUCCGCCAAAAUGGAGUGCUUCAUCAGAAUACCAAGUAACUAUCCACUGGAGAUGCCUCUAUGGAUUCUGAAUGUGCACUGGAACGGAUGCCUUACCGCGCAAAACAAUUCGGCCAUCAAGAUGAUGGAGUUCUGGACCAACUCCCUGCAGCCCAAGCAGUUAGAGCCCAACCACUGCGUCUUGUACGCGCAGCUCUUCCGCACCAUAUACAGCUUCGAUAUAUUCCUCGAGACCGAGGGAUCCAUGCAAAACACAAUUGAGUACAACAAGGAGAAGCCUUACAUAAGCGCCUUCGCCAAGCGGAGCCGCUCACGCCCCUACAAAUACAUCAAGAAGGGAUCGGUCUACGCGUUCAAGCAGUGACAGUUGAAUAACGAAUUUGUACAACACAAAGCGCCAAUGCAGUUACUAAACGUUCUCACAGUUGCGUUUAUUACGAUUAGUAAUACAAUAAAUAAGUAACAUUUAAAGCUA